AUGGUUAGCAGCAAGAGGAAGAGAAACUUUUUGGAGGAUUUCGACCCUAAUAAAUCCGACCCCGAGGACGAAAACUUCGAUCCGACAGAGGCAAAGCCGAGUCGAAGCUCCAAGAAAACCCGCCAAUCCAAAGGUGCCAAAUCGGGCCAAAAACGGACCAACCGCUACCGUGGCUCUGACAUUGAUGAAGAUGAAGACGAGCUCUCCGACAGUGACGAAGACUCGUUUGUCGAAGCGACUGAGGAGUCGGAGGAUGAAGAUGCCCCCAGGAAUGCCGCUGGGCGAAAAGCUAGAAAGGUAGCAGUCAAACAGCAAAACUACAAAGAAAGCAGCGAAGAGGAUGAUGAUUUGGAAGAAAAAGAGGAAGAUGAGGAGCUUAAUGAGCUCGAUGAUAUUCCUCUCAAGCCUGGCAAGCCUACCAAGUCUGAGUCUGAACCGAGGAGGCUGGUCAAGCUCAAGGUCCCUGGUCCAGCGUUAGCCCAGACACGCCGGACCAGGGCAAACACUGAAGAUGCGGAAGACUUCAUGGAGCUAUCUACUUCUGGUCGACACGCUAUCCUAUCUCGAAACUCGCGAAGCAAGAGCCCCGAAGGAGUCACACGGAGUGGCAGGGCUACUCGUGGCAUGAAGGGCGUCAAGACGGCCCCUGAGCCAAUCCAAGAGGCCUCUAAUGAAGGCAGCAGCAGCUUCCGAAAUGUAAACGAUGCUAAUGCUCCCGAUGAGCUCUCGCAAAGUUCACCGGCUAAAAGGAAACAUGAAGAGAUUGAUUCUGACAUGCCAGAUGCUGCUAAGGAAUUUGACGAGGGCCAGGAAGGAGAAGAGGCCCCUGUCGAUGAGAUCGCUGCCACAAAACUGGAUGAGGCCGAAGACGACGACGAUGACGACGAUGACAUACCUACUACUCGGAGGACAAGGAGUACUCGCGCUGCUGCUUCCACAGAAAAUGCUGUUGAGACUACCGAGGCCGUCGAUGCUGAGGCCGAGGCGGCAGCUACACCGGAAGCUGGUGGUAUCCGCCGGUCCGGCCGGCUGACGAGGGGCACCAAAAAAUCUACUCAAGAACCUAGCAGUGACUUUGAGCCAGGUGAUGACUCCGAUGACGCUGAAGUUUCUGAUAAGGAACGGAAAGGGAAGGACGAUGCCAUGGAGAGUCCAACUCCUCGUGGAAGACAGACCCGAUCGAGAGGCCGCACCUCACGCCGUAGAAAUUCUUCCGCUGACGACGAGCCCGAUUUCGACAUGGACGAACUCAAUGAAGAAGCUCGGGAGCUGAGACGGUCAGCAAGGCCACAUCGCAAGGCUCGAACAGAAUCUCCCAUUGUGUACCAAGGGAGCUCCCGUCGACCGCGGCCUCGGGUCAACUAUUAUAUGCCCCCCUUAACAGCUGCCAACAUUGAAGAUGAAGCAGAGGAUCCGGCUCCUACGCCUGCUCGCAAUCGCCGUAGAGGUGGCGCCAGCGCUGGCUGGGAUAGGAAUCUAAACACUACAUACGGCCCCUUUGGUGGCGGCGGCGAAGUCGGAUCGUUGCUGGCCGGCCCAUGGGGUACUGGUGCCACUGGUGGUGUGGAUUCCGAUAGUAGUGAUGAUGAGAUGAUGCAUCGCUCCAAUGCUGCCGGAAAUGUAGGCAUGACACCGACAUCUGCUGCUCCAGCUGGCGGCCUUGUAUCUGGCGGCCAGGGCCUGGGCGUUGACGGUGUCGGGGCCACUCCUAACGUUGGCAAGAUCAAAGACCGCAAGGCACUGGCGGAUGCCGAUCCUCUGGGCGUGGAUCUGAAUGUGGAUUUCAGCAAGGUUGGUGGUUUGCAAGGCCAUAUUGAUCAGCUAAAAGAGAUGGUUCAGCUUCCUUUGCUGUAUCCUGAGCUCUUUACGAGAUUCCAUGUUACGCCGCCUCGCGGAGUGCUGUUCCACGGCCCACCGGGAACUGGCAAAACGCUGCUUGCUCGUGCUCUUGCCAACUCUGUCGGCUCUGGCGGUAAAAAGAUAUCCUUUUACAUGCGCAAAGGUGCUGAUGCGCUCAGCAAGUGGGUUGGCGAGGCUGAAAAACAGCUUCGUUUGCUUUUCGAAGAGGCGAGAAAAACCCAGCCUAGCAUCAUCUUUUUUGAUGAGAUUGAUGGAUUGGCGCCGGUUAGAUCGAGCAAACAAGAACAGAUUCACGCCUCCAUCGUCUCGACGCUGUUGGCUCUGAUGGAUGGCAUGGAUGGACGUGGACAGGUCAUCGUCAUUGGCGCCACCAAUCGGCCAGACAACAUUGACCCUGCCCUUCGACGACCGGGCCGAUUUGACAGAGAGUUUUACUUUCCCUUGCCUGACAUUGAAGGGCGUCGGUCCAUCCUCAAUAUUCACACGCAAGACUGGGGCCUGUCGAAUGAUUUCAUGCAGUCGCUGGCAGAGAGCACAAAGGGCUAUGGCGGUGCUGACCUGAGAGCCCUCUGCACCGAGGCUUCUCUCAAUGCUAUCCAGCGAACCUACCCACAGAUCUACUCAUCCAAAGAGAAGCUGCUUGUUGAUCCGGCCAGGAUUUCGGUUCAUGCUUCUGAUUUCAUGAUUUCUAUCAAGAAGAUGAUACCUUCGUCGGAGCGAUCUGCGACAUCUGGAGCACGCCCACUCCCAGCCUCUAUUAAGCCUCUGCUGCGUGAUCAGUUUGACGAAGCUAAGCGAGCGCUUGAUCGGCUGCUGCCCCGAAAAAAGAAGACGACUGCAUUGGAAGAAGCCAUGUACGAGCAAUACGAGGAUAAGGAUCAUGGUUUUGGCCGCGAGGCCCUGAGCCAAGAGUUCGAACGCUCUCGAGUCUUCCGGCCCAGAUUCCUUAUCUCAGGUGCUCAUGGUAUGGGCCAAGGCUACAUUUCAUCUGCAAUUCUCCAUUACUUUGAGGGACUCCACGUUCAAAACUUUGAUCUCCCCAGCUUGCUCAGUGACGUUCGACCGAUGGAGCAAGUGAUUGUUGGCCUUUUCACCGAAGUGAGGCGCCAUAAACCAAGUGUCAUCUACAUACCAAACAUCGACACCUGGUACGCGGCGCUGACUGGGACGAUGGCACUCGUUACCUUUCGCAUGAUGUUGAAAUCCAUCCCUCCGACAGAUCCUAUACUCCUCUUUGCUACCGCGGAUUGCGAGAAGAAGCAUCUCCCAAGGGAAUUGAUUCAGGACUUUUUUGGCUACUCUAGUAAAAACCAGAUGGAGAUUCAAAGGCCUGAAAAGGCUAAUCGCAUGGAAUAUUUUGCGAGAACUCUGGAUUACGUGAAGCUGAAUCCUCACGAGUUUCCGGACCUGGAGAACCGCAAGAAGAGAGUUCUCGAGGAGCUCCCGGUGGCACCUCAAGCGCCUCCCAAACCGCCCACCAAAGAAGAGAUGAAGGCCCAGAAGAAGAGGGACCACCAACUCCUCAAUGCUCUGAAAAUUCAGCUACAGCCCAUUAUGGAUCAGAUCAACCGUAGAUAUAAGAAGUUCCGACAGCCAGUCAUUCAACAAAACCAGAUUGACUAUCUGUUCCUGGAGGCGGACCCGAACUAUGUACGGCCGGAUCUAGCGGAGGGGGAGAACAGACCUUUUGAGAUUGCCAAGGACAAGUAUGGCAAUGAAGUGCUAAUGCACCUUGAAUCCGGAAAGUACUAUUACAAUCUCGAAACCACAACCAUUGAGGAGCGUUUGUCAAACGGAUUCUAUGCUCGCCCCAAGGACUUUCUGUUUGAUAUCAAGUCUUUGGCAAGAGAUGCCAAGAAUAUUGGUGAUAAGGAGCGUACUCUCAAGGCCAAUGAGUUACUUAGCAACGUCGAGGUCGAUGUAGCCAGCAUCGAAAACAGCACCGGCCAUAUUGACUGGGAAGCGCUUUACCAACGCCAGCAGCACCGAGCUAAGGAAGCAGCCGCGAAAGCGCGGAAGCGAAUAGCCAUGCAGUCUGUAUUAGAGAGAGUUCAGUCAGAUCUCGGCGGAGGCAAUGACAGCGAUUCCCAAGGUCCGCUUACACUCGGGGAGCCGGUACCAGGAGCUCGUACAAUGGCUCGAUUCCAAAUACGAAGCCCCUUGUCUAAUGGACAUGGCGAAGCCGGCCAAGACGCGCAUCAGCUGAGCAACGGCACCUCCACCUCCAACCCUAUUAAAGAGGGCGAUGUACAUAUGAGUGGGACCGAUGACGAUACUACGCAACUGGCAUCCCAGUCCCAAUCCCAACACCAGACGACGUCUCCCAUGGGCCCGCCGCCAAAGUCACAGGACGUGUCUUCGAGAAACUUGGCAGGGACGCAAGUAUCUCAGCGAUCUGUGGUUACUACUCUACCUCCUGGCAUGUCGCCUUCCGCUGUAAUUAACGAAGCCUCCACAACAAAGACAUCGGAUCUGUCGACCCAUCGCUCAUCCAACUGGAGCCAGAGCCAAAAUACAAAUGGUAACCACGACGAAAAUCGCCGUGUUGAACCUAACGAGCAGACUGAUAUCCCUGACACACUGCCAACCGGGCAAAACAAUAGUCUCUUAUCGUCUAACGAGGAUAUCUGGCAAUCCACACAGCUUCGGGCACAGCAGCAUGUCGACAGUUCUCCGCCUAUGCUAACAGACCGGCCAUCUCCCCGCUCACACACACAUCAGAGCCCGGCGGGUUCGAAAUCGGUGAUUAGCUUGCCCUCACACGAUGGAAGCCCGGAGGAGCAACACUCGUCAUCCCGCAACUCAGGCCCGCAGGCUUCCCAGGCUUCUCAGCCGCUAUCGGUGAAAGAGCAGCUAGAGAGCUUUUUGCAUCGGAUGACAGAUAAUACUUCGGGCUGCACCAUUGAACAGCUCGAACAAGUUAACCGAGAGAUGAUGGACCAGAUAUGGCGAAGCCGACAUGAAUGGAACCGGCUGAAGGUGCUCCUGGACGUGACGUCGGUGUUUAACCAGACAGUUAGCGAUAUCGAAAGUACGCAGGGCGUGGGUCCGCUGAGCCAGCAGCGGGAUUACAUGGACGCAUAG